GGCAUUUAUAUAGCACUUUCCUAUGUACAACUGUACACCCAAAGCGCUUUACAAUCAUCCACCACCAGUGUGCAGCAUCCACUUGGAUGAUGUGACGGCAGCCACAGUACAACGGCGCCAGUGUGCUCACCACACACCAGCUGUAGGUGAGCGUUACUUAUUAUUUAAUAGUACUUAUUCAUUAGAUACUAGUACCUAUUAAAUAGAUACUAGUACUUAUUCAUUAGUUACUAUUACUUAUUUCUAUAGUGACUAGUAACUAUUCUAUUUUUAUUAGUAUCACAUUUUAAAAUCCUGCGAUAUCCUUGUUUGAUCUCGUAGGUGUCUGAUCCACUAUGAGAAGAGAGAACUGUCCGACUUACCUGCACUUUUUUCACUCCUCCCCUCACUGCAGCCGCCUACUCUCGCCUACAUUUCAAGGCACAAGUCAAGUCUCAGACAAGCCUAUUAGUGCUCCUGGAGAUCUUAAUUAGCUGAUUCAGGUGGAUGGACGGGUGUGUUGCGUGUCAUUUACCUGAGGAAGAGAUGGCAGCAUGAUGCACUAUGGGAAGAAGGCUGGUGGAGGCAGUGUUAUGCUCUGGGCAAUGUUACGUUGACAUGUACCACUACCUAAAGAUUGUUGCAGACCACAUACACCCCUUCAUGGCAAUAGUGUUCCCUGAUGGCAGUGGCCUCUUUCAGCAGCAUAAUGCACCAUGACAUACUGCAAAAAAAAAAAAAAAAAACCUUCAGGAAUGGUUUGAGGAACAAAGUGUUUAAGGUGUUUCCUUUGCCUCCAGAUUCCCCAGAUUUCAAUCCAAGACCUCCAUGACCCACUUUACAACUUGUAGGAGUUAAAGGACCUGCUGCUAAAGAGGGGGACCAACAUGAUAUUAGACAGGUUGUCUUAAUGUGGCUGAUUAGUGUAUAUACCUGGACAUGUUGAUUUUUCUGUGGUUCAUGAAAGCCAAUUUUACCUGUUUUUUUUUUUUUUUUUUAAAGGUGCAAAGCACAUUUUGUAGUUCAAAUACAUUUGUAUACUAACCUUAUAUUAGUUAAUGAUAUAUACGGUUAUGAACUGUAAAAUAUUCAAAAUGCAUGCUUACAGUCUUAAUUCUUAUCAUCUAAACCAUCUGUGGCUUCAGUGAAACCACAAGGAUUAACAAGAACAAUACUUUCUAAUCGUGUUGAUCAUACUACAAUAUUAAAAAAGUAAGUAACAGUCCACUCAGUGACUCCACCCACCUUUGAAGUAUAUUUAUACCAUGUUUAGCCAGUGAGAGCUCACUGAUCGUCUUCAUCAUGACCAUCAUCUUCUCUCUGCUCCUGUUGGCCUCUCUGCUGCCACACCUGACCUUCACUGCUCAUGUGAAUGUGGGUAUAGUGAAUGGAAAAGAAGCCAAACCCCACUCCAGACCUUACAUGGUUUCUAUUCAGACAUAUGGGUACCAUAUCUGUGGUGGAUUCCUCAUUUCUGAUCAGUUUGUCCUGACUGCUGCACAUUGCUGGAACAAACGUAAUAUUCUGAUGGUUGUUGUUGGUGCUCAUGACUUAAGGAACAGCACAAGUUCAGAUCACAUCAGAGUGAAGUCCUACAUCCCUCAUCCAAACUAUGAAUCCAAUCCUAAUCGAAAUGAUGCUGACAUCAUGCUUUUGAAGCUAGAGAAAAAAGUCGAUCUAAACAACAAGGUUGGAGUGAUCCCAUUACCAAAGGAAGGAGAAGACAUCAAAGCAGCCUGUAGUGUUGCCGGCUGGGGAAGACUGACUGAUGGCUCAGUGAGCAAUGUUCUAAUGGAGGCAAAAGUGUCUAUAAUGAAUAACAACAAAUGCAGAAAUAGAUGGGGAGAAUUAUACUCAGUCUCACAGAUGAUCUGUGUAAAUGGCCAUGGUGGAUCCUGCCAAGGGGAUUCAGGAGGUCCUUUGGUUUGUGGAGACACUGCUGUUGGUAUCACAUCUUUCGGUGCCCAGCACUGUAAUUCACCUGAGCGUCCUAAUGUAUAUAUUAAGAUUUCAGCAUUUAUUCAAUGGAUCCGUACAGUAAUUGGAAAUGUAUAGUGACUUCAUGGAAACUAAAGAAGGAAGAAAUGUUGUUCUUGAAUUCUUCCAUAAACCUUCUUUCAAUAAAAGUAUCACAUGGCAAGCAUCAAUUAUAGUCAAAGUGUUUUCAUUGUCACAACCAUAUAUAAUUUAGACAACACCUUCACUUUCCAGUCAUCCCUGUAGACUCAUAUCUCUUUGAAUGGGAAAAACUGAAAUACCCAAAACUGUUGGUCGAAAAUGACAGUAAUUACAGUAAAAAAAAAAAAAAAAAAAAAAAAAAA